UGUGGUAACAGCGGCGAACGCUUCCUUCUCGCAGGCGCUUCCGGCGCAGCGGCGAAGCCCCCUCGAGAGCUUCGAGGGCUCCGUGGGUCGGCGGGAGGACAAGAUACUUUCCAAUUUCUUCAAAUAUUCUUGCACAACGAGGAAAAAGAAGAAACAUUUCAGUGAAUGAGGAGUUUUUUGCUUCUAUAGUGUUUUCCUUGAGAAGUGGGUCUUUGAAUGAGGAUGACAAUGGAAGAGAUGAAGAAUGAAGCAGAGACCACUUCUAUGGUUUCCAUGCCUCUCUAUGCUGUUAUGUACCCUGUUUUUAAUGAGCUAGAAAGAGUAAAUCUAUCUGCAGCUCAGACACUGAGAGCAGCUUUUAUUAAGGCUGAGAAGGAAAAUCCAGGUCUUACACAGGACAUCAUUAUGAAAAUUUUGGAGAAGAAAAGUGUGGAUGUGAACUUCACAGAGUCUCUUCUGCGUAUGGCAGCUGAUGAUGUAGAAGAGUAUAUGAUUGAAAGACCAGAACCAGAAUUCCAAGAUCUUAAUGAAAAGGCACGGGCACUUAAACAGAUUCUUAGUAAGAUUCCUGAUGAGAUCAAUGACAGAGUGAGGUUUCUUCAGACAAUCAAGGACAUCGCGAGUGCAAUAAAGGAGCUUCUUGACACAGUAAAUAAUGUCUUCAAGAAAUACCAGUACCAGAACCGGCGGGCACUUGAGCACCAAAAGAAAGAGUUUGUAAAAUACUCCAAAAGUUUCAGUGAUACUCUGAAAACCUAUUUUAAAGAUGGAAAGGCAAUAAACGUGUUCAUAAGUGCCAACCGACUAAUUCAUCAAACCAACUUGAUACUCCAGACCUUCAAAACUGUGGCCUGAAAACUGUAUAUGUGGAGAGUUGUACUUUUCAAUGGUGGAUAGGGUACCUUUAUAUGUAAAUUUUAAAGUUUUGACUGUAUAAAUUAUCAGCCCCUGGUGAGGGGCCCCAAUGCAGGAUUUUGAAUGGGAUUAUUGCCAUCUUACACCAUAUUUUUGUAAAACAUUGUAGCUUAAUCAUAAUCUCACAAGGAAGAUUUUGCAUCACUUUUUUGCUAUUAUCAUUCUUUUCAGAAUUAUAAGCCAAAAGA